CAUGCUAUAUAGUUGUUGUGUUACAACUGAUAAUGAACCAGUUCUGUGGGGAGACUUUUACUUCUUCUAAAUCCCAAGGCAACUUUUUACAACAACGAAUAAAAGGUUUUUAUACAAUGAGGACACCUUUGGAGACUUGGUGGAUAGCCAUUUUCUUCACUCUGCUCUUUAGCGACCUCUCCUUGGUCAAGGCCAAAGGUAUAAGGCAGAGGAACAAGUCAAACAGGAAAAGCUUGCAAACCAAUCGAGCCAACCCAACCAGAGAACAGCCCUCAAAGAUACUCCAGGGCACUUUCAUCAGGAAAGGCAGAAAGCUCUCCAUCAAUUUUGGGGAGGAGGGAAAUAGCUACUAUGAGGCCCAUUACAAACUCUUCCCUGAUGAAAUCCAUUAUGUUGGGUGCGCUGAGUCCAGUGUAACAAAGGAUGUCUUCAUCAGCAAUUGUGUGAAUGUCACUCACACAGCCAACAAGCUGGAACCCCCAGAAGAAAGAAAUUCAAGUGCUAUUUACUCCAGGGUGCUGGAACAAUUAAUAAAGGAAUUAUGUGCCCUCAAGUACUGUGAAUUUGGGAUGCAGAUAGGAGCUGGCUUUCGACUUUCUUUAGAUCAAUCCAUGAUGGUCUACCUGAUGAUUCUGGCAUUCUUUAUAGUAAAAUAAACAAACACAUUGACUGAGGAGGACAGAUUGGGUUGAACAAGCAAGCCACAGGCAAAAGACCUAGUUAUCCUAGACCUCCUUCUUCCCCUUUACAAACAAAACAAACUACCAAACAGUAGUGAGUGUUGUAUGCCAUAGACAAUGUGCUUUUUUGUUCCACAAAAGCGUACUCAAAAUAUUCAUUUCAUGCUUAAAAUAUUCCAUGCUUCUUACUCUAAUGUCCAUCAGGAUGCCUUUCAACUUGGACCCUCAAGGCUAGGCCAGCAGAUUCCAACAUCUGUCAGGUUCUACAAAGGUGUAAAGAAUUCAAGCACAGAUUUAGUGGCAGGUUGUAUCCCUAUCCAAGGACCAGGCUGGCUUAAUCUAAAGAGUCUCAGUGCUAGAAGAUUGACCACCAAAUGAUAACUUCUUUUGGUCAAUGAGGGAAACUAUUGAACGCUGUUAACAUGAUCUAGAGGAACUUCGAUCUGCCUCAGUAGGAGAUCCCAAUGAAACCACAGAUCUGUUGUAGUUACUAAAUGUAUACUUAACUCCAAAACAAUGACUUGUGAGCCUUUUUAAAGAAACUUUUCUCUAUUCAAUCUGGACCAGUUCCUUUUGCCACCAGAGAAAGAUGGUGAUGAGAAUUAUUAGGAAGAAACAACAAUGCUUUAAAAGAGAUACCAAUAGAUACUACAUGCAUUUACUGGGAAUGAGAGCACAGACAGUGCCAUCACAUUAAAAAUGUCAGCACCCCAAAAGACUAGCCCAUGGACUCCUAGUAGUUCAUGAAUUACAUAUGGAGAAAAUCCAAAGUAUCAAUUAUACUUUAAAGUAAGUUUGUUAUAAAGAGCAUGUAUAGGUAUACAGCUAUUGUUAUUUUUUUGAUGUUGGAUUGCCCACUAUUUGCAGUGUUCUUACCAAGGAUAAGCUAGAGAAAUACUUAAUGUUGAUGGUACCUCACUCUUCCAUUCUUCCAUAGCUCUUAUUCUUUCUCAUAUUUUUAUGGCAAAUGGAACAAUAUCUGACUAGGGAGAUGUGGGACAGUUAAGCACAAAAAAGACAAUCUCCAAUCUCCUGAAUGCCUGGCACACUGACAAAAGUAAUUGUGUCCACUAUUAACAAUUUAAUCAUAGAAGCAGAUGGUAUAGUCACUAUGUUCUAUGUCCAUAGCUUCUCUCUGAUUUAAGGGAGCAUCUGACCAUCAAAUCUAAUUGCAAAAGAACCUCUGUGGACUAACAGCUACUAGCAGAUAGCAGCUAGACUCUCUUGGUUCAUUUUGAUGCCCCAAUUAAAUGUCAUAUUUCUGAGAAAGAAAUGAACAUUUAUGGUUUGUGGCUGGAAUUUCUAGUCCUGGACAUAUCUCAGCAUUGGAGAGAACUGGUCUUUAGAGAAGAAAUAAUGGAUUUUUAAAAAAUCUCUAAAUGUUUAUAACAGUAAAUUGCUUCAAGCACCUUUGUACAGUAUAUUUCCUGAACUUGCUGCCUACUCUCAUUCUAAAAAUAUUAGCUUAGGAAAUCAGAUUUUAGAAGAACAACAGAUUUGACUUGGACAUUAUGUAUCUUAUGGCAGAAGAAAAAGUUUUUGAUCAGUUAUUUACAGUGGAAAAGGAUUUUAGUUGAGUAAUAGGCUGGAUUCAUAUCUUUGUUUUUCUACUUAUUGUAUGACCUGGGGUACAUAACCUUCCUUAGUUUCAAAUUCCUCAUCUGAGAAGUGAGGGCAAGGAUAUUUGCUCUAUCUUGCAGAAUAUUUGUAAAUAAGAUAUUUUUAAGCUAUUAAGUAUUCUAGAAGGGUAAACCAUUAUUUGCAGCAAAUUAGAGAUGCUCAGGUAAUGCCUAUAAUAAUUACAAAAUGCUCAUCUUGGCUCUAUUACCAUUAUCACCCCCUCCACACUUGUAAAGAGAGAGUAGGUUAAUUCUGUGCAUUCCUUUAGGGCCCUGAACUUUUGGAGCUAACUUAAAUACUUAAAUGGAUCCAGAAUGGGAUUGAUUUGGAGGUUUCUUCCAAUGAUGCAGUCCAUAACCAGAUAUAAGACUUUUGUUAACUCUACUUUACAGUCUUGCCUAUAAAUCAACUUUAAGCUAGCUGAUAAAUGUAACCAUAGAGUGUUAUCAAAAGUUUGUUAUAUCCUGAGGGAGAAAUCAUUAUUCUGUCACCUCCCCACUUGCAGGCCCCUCAGGAGAGGAUGGAUGUAUCUUUAGCUUUUCCCUGAUUGACCAGAUUUCACUAUCUCUAUCCAUGGUACUAGCAUUGAUGAGGAAACAAAGGUUUGUGGCCAUUGAUUUCUUUUAAAUAAAAGGGAACAGAUAAAUCAUUAACAGGAUGGAAAGUGAAAGGACAAAUGGUCACAGCUUGUAGGCUAUAGCAGUGGCCAUUGCCAAGUGCUUUUGAUCACAGAAGCAGAAAAUUACUUUUCUACUUGGAUUCCUUCUCACUCAUGGAAAGAAUGGAGAGAUAAGCCUUAAAGGAGUUGCUCAUUUAAAAGCAUAACAACUUUCCUCAACUCAGCUGAAGGGGAAGAAGGUAAUGUCUCUGAGGGGUGCUUGGAUUAUCUCACUGUAGACCUUAAUCAAGGCAACACUUACCCUCAUCAGCCUAAACCCCUGCAGUUCAGCUGUCUGCUACCAUCUUUCUGAAGAUAAAGGCUGGGGAGGGACAAAACAUAUGAGUUUUUGGCUUCCAAGGUGGAGAACAUUAUAUAAACCAAAAUCUGUCUCCCAGAAUUCUUCAGGCAAAAUCCUUCAAUCUCUCAGUUCUACAUCAGUGCUGAUGAAUUCUGGGAAAGUGUCAUAUACCCCUUGGCAAUACCAAUGCAAAUUUAUGUGAAUUAUAUAUUAACAUUUGUAUUAUACGGCAAUGAUUUAAAGAAGUUUAUGGUAAAGAUGAUGAAUGGGCAGUACAAUUUUCCAAACUUGAUUUGGUCCAGUUUUGCUUAAAGCUAGAUAUUGUUAGGUCUUGCCUCACAUUCUGAUGUAAAUAGGAAUUUCCCAAUGGGCAGUUUAUAUGCUCAAUUGUUAUAGGGAAUUAAUGCCAAGAACCACAGUUCAUUUAACAGCUUGUUCUGUAAGAUUCAGAAACGUGCUUUCAAUUAAGGGAGAACUGACAUGUGGUCUGUUCCCCUACAUUAGCCUGCACAUGCUCAUCUAGAAAGAACAUUUCCUUGGACUCCUCUCUUUUCCUUUAGGGCAAGAGCUAAUGGAAAUACUACCCCAAGGUGUGCCUGAAUACGUGUCCAAACAUGUAUAUCUGUGGUCCCCUAAAACCUAGAGCAAAUAAAAGGUUUAAUUUACUCUUAAUCCUACUGGUAAUGAGGCCAUAAAUAUUGGAUUCACUCCUAACCACCACCAAGUUUUCCUUUCAAAUGUCCAAGCCUCAAUAAAGGAUGGAAGCUUUCAAUAGGAGGAAAAAAUCUCAAAAGGUUUUCUGCUCCUCACUUGUCUGUCUGUCUGUCUGUCUGUCUAUCUAUCUAUCUAUGGGACUUUGGGACUUUUCCACUAUGUAAUCAUUGGGAAAACAUCAUCCUGCAAGAUUUCAUCACCAUGGGAACUCCAUCUUAUCAAUAUCUUCUAUUCUUCUGACUGGAGAGUGGGGCUAUAAACUCUAAAUAUUUCACUUAAAGAAGGAAUUCAGCUCAGAUCUUAUUUCUUACCUGGGAUAAGGUCAGGGUGGCAUUCUUUCUUAGUUUAAAAUAAAUAUG